AUGGGGAAUAGCAAGAGCAGCGCCCUGUCGAAGGAGCUCCUGGAGGAACUGAAGUCCAACACGAAAUACGGCGAGUCCGAGCUCUGCACUUGGUACCAGUCCUUCCUGAAGGAGUGUCCCAGCGGCAAGAUCAGCAAGCAGCAGUUUGAGGGCAUCUACGCCAGCUUCUUCCCCGACGCCGACCCCACCGAGUACGCGCGGCACGUGUUCAGGAGUUUCGACACCAACGCCGACGGCACUUUGGACUUCAAGGAGUACAUUGUCGCUCUGCACCUCACGUCCGGGGGGAAGACUCUGCAGAAGCUGGAGUGGGCCUUCGCCCUGUACGACGUGGACGGGAACGGCACCAUCAGCAAAAAUGAGAUCCGCGAGAUCGUGAGGUCGAUAUUCAACAUGAUUCCUGCCGACGACCAGAAGAAUCUCCCCGAGGACGAAAACACGCCGGAGAAAAGGGCGGAGAAGAUCUGGGAAUUCUUUGGGAAGAAGGACAACGAUAAAAUCUCAGAGGGAGAAUUCAUUCAGGGCGUGAUGGACAACAAGGACAUCCUGCGGUUGAUACAAUAUGACGAGCCUCAGAAAAUUAAAGACAAGCUGAAAGAGAAGAAGCAAUAA